CUUAGGUUUCUAAGCAACACAUUCAACAACAAUUAAGUAUCGUCUGAAUCCCAUUUUGGUUGAAACUAACGUCUGGAACUAACCUUAACUCACUUACACGUAAUUACAGUCACGCCCAUACACAAACAUACAUACGUGCGUACACACACGCCUAUUUACUAAUAUAGAAAUAUGCACAGGCAUACACUUAUACUCACAUAAGAUUAAUAAUAAACUUCACACUAUUUAGAAUGGCUACUAACAUCAGACUGAAAGCGGCUAAAUUACUCAAUAGACAGUAUCCAAGCAGUUUUUAUGAUGCUGUGGGCUGCAAAAUCAACCCCGUUUUUACAGCUUUUAAGAAAGAAAAGGAAGAUUUUUUUUUUAUUUUCCGGACGAAGACGACUGAUGUACCUUCAGUAUAUGGCCGACCGUCAAUGACAUUAUUUGAAAUGUUAAAAAAGUACCAACCAUUACUUCCACAAGAGUACUUUUUAAAGCAGUUAUUGAAAAUUGGAAAUUUCCUCAGAGAUGAAGAAGAAUAUAUACUUGCAUUGUCUUGUUACAAUUUUUAUUUUCUGGAAUCGGAUAUCAAUAAGUGCAUUGUGCACUAUGAUUUAGAGAGAUAUAAGAAAUGCUUUUUUCCUGAAGGAUUACAAUCAAAUACAGCACUUCUAACAAUUCAGAUUUUAAUUGCAAAUUAUUUUUGCAAGUACCAAAUUGAAAAGAUGAACACUCAACAGUGUUGUCAGUCGGCUGAAGAAAGUGAAAAGAUUUUAUUAUCCUACCAGAUGUUGACGCAAGUUUUGUUACCCGAGAGCUCAUAUUGUUGGCUGCUUUACAACUGCAUUGUACUUAUGUACACUAUUUGUCAAGAUAUGAUUAUGGCUGGACACUCUGCAAAGGUUGUACAAUACUUAAUUUGGGUUUGUCUGUGUAUGGAGAACUCUCCCCUUCUCUGUGACAUUUCCUACUUGUCUUGGAGGAGCACAACAUACACGGCUGUAUGUCAGUGCUAUUAUGAAUGUAAAGCAGGAGAGCAUGCAGAAGCUUUUGCCAGAAGAGCAUUGUGCAAAAUAAAUGACUUGUGGCAUGUUGAGAAAAAGAAUGAUAAGCUAAAAUACAAUCACCACACAGCAAUUAUUCGAGAAUGUACUUUGAAGGUAUUCUUAAUGUUUCUUCUUUUCAUUUUUUCACAUUAAUUUUUAUAUAAUAGCAUUGAC